ACCAAUCGCUUUCUGCUCCUCUCAGUCCCAGACUCCCAAAUCCCAACUCUUCCAUCUCUCUGAGGCAUCUCCCUAGCUAUGGCUUCCGAUUCCCCUGCCGCAAACGUCAACAACGGACCGUCCUCUCCCGAUGACUCCUACUCUAGCCCGAUUGGCAACACGUUGUCGUCCCCAGGUGAUGCCUCCGGGCGGCGGAGGCGGCGCCCAUCCUCUACACCCUCGGCAUUCUCCACCCCGUCGCCUCCUCGUUUCACCACAUCAGAUGCGAACCCAGCUCUAACCCCAACCCCAUCUUACCGCACGCGCCACGGAACUGGUGCUGGCCGUGGGCGAAGAGCUUCCUCGGCGACCCCAAUUGCCGCCACGCCCUCGUCCACUGACGACGCCCCGGCCUCCUCUGAGGGAGGAGACGGUUAUGAUGCUGAAGACGUGCGGCCAACCUACGUGUGGGGCACGAAUAUAAGCGUCGAAGACGUUAAUGAGGCGAUAUAUCGUUUCUUGAAGCAUUUCCGGGAGAGAUCGUCUCAGUCAGGGGAGGAUGCGCUGCUUAUAGAAGGGAAGUAUGAGACGGCGAUCAAAAGGGUUCUCGAAUUCGAGGGUGAUUCGCUUGAUGUCGAUGCACAUGAUGUGUUUGCCUAUGAUCCUGAUUUAUACACCAAGAUGGUCAGGUACCCGCUCGAGGUCCUUGCGAUUUUCGACAUUGUGUUGAUGAAUAUGGUGAGCCGAAUUGACCCCUUGUUCGAGAAGCACAUCCAAACUCGGAUUUUCAAUCUCAAGAGCUCAACAUCAAUGAGAAAUCUUAACCCGUCUGAUAUUGAGAGGAUGGUAUCAUUGAAGGGAAUGAUUAUUCGGUGUAGCUCGAUAAUUCCCGAGAUCAGGGAAGCGGUAUUUAGGUGUCUAGUGUGCGGAUACUAUUCUGAUCCUGUUGUCGUAAAUAGAGGGCAAAUUACUGAACCUACGCUAUGCUUGAAGGAAGAGUGUCAAGCAAGAAACUCCAUGUCACUGGUUCACAACCGAUGCAGGUUCGCUGAUAAGCAGAUUGUGAGGCUUCAGGAGACACCUGAUGAGAUCCCUGAUGGAGGAACACCUCACACAGUGAGCUUGUUGAUGCAUGACAAGCUGGUGGAUACUGGAAAGCCAGGUGACAGGGUUGAGGUCACUGGGAUUUACAGGGCUAUGACUGUCAGAGUUGGACCAACACAGAGGACUGUGAAAUCAUUAUUCAAGACUUACAUUGAUUGUCUCCAUAUAAAGAAAACGGACAAGUCAAGAAUGCUGACGGGGGAUCCCAAGGAAGCGGAGAAUCCCGUGGGUAGAAGCACUGAAGAUAUCACUUUUGAUGAAGAGAAGGUGAAACAAUUGAAAGAGCUGUCGAAAUUACCCGAUAUAUAUGAUAGACUAACCAGGUCGUUGGCACCAAACAUCUGGGAGCUCGACGACGUGAAAAAAGGUCUGCUUUGUCAGCUUUUUGGUGGAAAUGCUUUAAGUUUGCCAUCUGGUGCUAGCUUCCGUGGGGAUAUCAAUAUCCUUCUUGUCGGUGAUCCAGGAACCAGCAAGUCCCAGCUGCUCCAGUACAUACACAAGCUAUCACCCCGUGGCAUUUACACCAGUGGAAGAGGGAGCUCUGCUGUUGGCUUGACUGCUUAUGUUGCCAAAGAUCCUGAGACCGGGGAAACUGUUCUGGAGAGUGGAGCCUUAGUUUUGAGUGACAGAGGCAUAUGCUGUAUUGAUGAAUUUGACAAAAUGUCUGAGAAUGCAAGGAGUAUGUUACAUGAGGUUAUGGAACAACAAACUGUUUCAAUAGCAAAGGCAGGAAUUAUUGCUUCCCUCAAUGCUAGGACUUCCGUAUUGGCUUGUGCAAAUCCAAGUGGUUCGCGCUAUAAUCCUCGCUUGUCUGUGAUUGACAACAUACACCUUCCUCCUACCUUAUUGUCCAGGUUUGAUUUGAUUUACUUAAUUCUUGAUAAGGCUGAUGAGCAAACAGAUAGGCGCCUUGCCAAGCAUAUUGUUUCAUUACACUUUGAGAAUCCUGAGAGUGCAGUUCAGGAUGUCUUGGACCUUUCAACGUUAACUGCAUAUGUGAGCUAUGCUCGUAGGCACAUUCACCCACAGUUAUCUGAUGAAGCUGCUGAAGAGUUGACUCGAGGGUACGUUGAGAUGAGGAGGAGAGGAAAUUUCCCUGGAAGUAGCAAGAAGGUGAUAACGGCAACACCUAGGCAGAUUGAGAGUUUGAUACGCCUUAGUGAAGCCCUGGCUCGAAUUCGCUUCUCAGAAUGGGUUGAACAUCGUGAUGUAACUGAGGCAUUUCGGCUUCUGGAAGUUGCAAUGCAGCAGUCAGCAACAGAUCACUCUACUGGAACAAUUGACAUGGAUCUUAUCACUACCGGAGUUUCAGCAAGUGAAAGAAUGAGACGGGAGAGUCUAUUAUCAACUACUCGGAACAUAAUAAUGGAGAAGAUACAACUUGGUGGACCCUCAAUGCGCUUGUUGGAGUUGCUGGAAGAGCUGAAGAAGCAGAUCUCUGGUAGUGAAGUCCACCUUAAUGAUCUAAGGAAUGCAGUUUCGACCCUGGCAAGUGAGGGAUUCGUAGCUGUCCACGGUGACAGUGUGAAAAGAAUGUGAUGGUAGAGGAAGGAAACCAUGUGAAGAAAUGGAGGAGUCGACGAUUCUAGUGGUUGAUAAACUGACACUGCUGCACUGAAAAUGCUCCUUUGCCAGUUUUAUCAGCCUAAGUAUAUCCAAAUCCCACCUAUUUGGCUAAGAAUUGAGUUAUUUCUUUAAGAGUUUUCAAGAUCGGGGGGAUGCCAGCGGUGGUGCUUGUACUGCGAUGCAAAGCUAUUUUCUUUUUCUCUACACGUGAAAGCAGUCUCUGCGCAAGUCUCCCAUUUAACAUUUUAAAGUGAUGGUGUUACCAGGCAUUAAAUUAUUUGAAAAGUUAUUUAGUUACUAAUUA